AGAGGAGCCUCGGCAGGCUCUACCCGUUUGCGCCUAUACCCAUGGCCGUCCGAUAACAUGCGACCCGCGAAAGCUUGCCACCGAUGCCGGGAAAGUAAACGGAAGUGCACUCGUCUGAGGGGCCAAGUGGGAGAGGCCUGCGAUCAGUGCCAGGCCAAGAACCUGAAGUGCACGAGCUCCUUCACUGCUGCUCCGGCCCGUCCAUUUCCGCUGCUGCCGAGGAGUGAGAGUCCCGGGGAGGCGAUUCUUCCCGUGUACACCGCAACGGGUGUGGCUCUCAACGUCGCCAUCCGACUUGUGGACUUUUACCUUUCUAAGCUGCACAACCGGCCCCACAGCUUGUUCCAUCCGGCCACAUUACGAAGCCAGGUGCAGGAUGGCUCCAUCAACAAGGCAUUACUUCUGGCCAUCUGUAGCCUGGCCGCGAGGUUCGACGAAGAUGAUCAGAUACGCGCUGCAGAGAAUGACUAUAUGGGAGAAUCCAAGCAGCUGCUCCUUGCGGAUCUGGAGAACAUCUGCAUUGAGAAUGUCCAAACAUGCAUACUGCUUGGCAAUCUCUACGCUGCCCACCUAAACCCAUCAUCAGAGGCCUUGUUCUUUCGAAUUGCGGUCAAUGUGUUACAAAUCAUGGAAGCAGGCACUUGUCCAGCAGCGACGACAUUGGUGGACUGCGAAAUCAGACGUCGAGCAUGGUGGACCCUAUACAUGGCUGACCGUUGGUCGUCUUCCAGCCUCGGACUGCCCCACCAAAUUCGCGAUACUGACUUGGCUGUGGAUCUCCCCAUGGAUGAAAGUGUAUUCGAGUCCUUGACAGCAGAUGAAACAAGACUCAAAGACCCGUGGCAACCUGGUCUAUGGGCACACAAGAUCUCCUUGGUCCGGCUGUUCGGCCCCAUACAAGAGUUAAACCACCGCAGUGUAUAUGGCAAUGUCGGCACCGAGGAGCUCGAGUCGACAGUGGCUUCUCUUUCAACGCUACUAGACGGUUGGGACUCGGCCAUUCCCUACGAAGUCAAGAUGAACCCAGAGAAUCUCCAUCGUCACAUCCAGGCGGGUCACGGAGGAGCAUUCGUCGCACUUCACCUUGGUUAUCACCACUAUGCAACAUUGCUCUACUUCCGGUUCUUGGAACCCGCGGCAGCACAAUCGCCAUUCACUGAAAUUUACCGCGCCAAGUGCAAGUCACAUGCCUCGUCAUACAGUGAGCUCCUCAAGCUUGCUCGGGGAAAGGAGAACUGCGAGGUUCUUUACCCCACUGUUGGCCAUAUGGCCGUUGUCUCGUCGGCGGUGUUGCUCCACACCUUAUUGUUUAGCGAAAACGAAGACCUUCAAAAUUCUCGCGACGCGCUGAAUGCGAACUUCGAGGCUAUCCUAGAGCUUAGGCGAUAUUGGCCGAAUACUGCACCAAUGAUCCAACGACUCGUCACAUUCCAGAACUUCUGUCUCCUGUCCAGUGAUUACAGAACGCACAAGCUCGACGGCUGGAUGCUGCGGUUCCUCAUCGAGUACUCCUUGCCAUUAGGAGAUAAGGACUUAGCACCAGUGACAUCAGGCAUGGAUCUUGACAUGGACAGUUUCUCGGCCCGGACCCAAGCGGUGGCUGAGCAGGGUAGAUACACUACAUUCGAGACUAAUGAUGGCAUCUAG